AUGUCGCUACCAUUAUUGAAUACACCCGUUAGCUACGAGUCGGAGAAGCCGCCAGGAAUCACCGAGAAAUCUGGCACUAUCGUCAGACGCGAUAAAACUCAGGAGACCGUGCUUGAUGACCGAUUGAAAUUAAGUCGACUGCCAACCAUUGUCAGCAUACAGGAAGCUACAAAAAACGAUUUAUAUAGUUCUGAUAUUUUGGACACGAAUUUACAAAAAGCGAUACGGCGAGCAAGAGAGCGGAUCGCGCGAGGAGAGCUACCCUACGAAGCCGAGGAAUGGAGACUUCCUGGGGCACCAUUACCCGCCAGACCGGAUUAUUCACGUGCCUGUCCACGGUUUAUCCGUCCUCCUUUCACAUCAAGCAGAAAUCGCAAUAGACAUCAUAAUGUUGAAGACACAUAUGGUGUAGCAUCUUCGGCGCCCGCUGAAUUGGAAUCAGCCGUUGGGGGCGUUACGUUCCUGCCACCACUCGGGGAAGACAUAUUUUUUGAAACCUUGGAUAAUUUUCCAACACUCUAUCCCUUUCCUGUUGAUGAUUUUAAGACUAUUGGUCGUCUACCUAAACAGAAAGUCUACUUGCCAUUCGUGGACACAGCGGUGCUGCAUCCCAAAUUUGUUACCUCAAUAGAAAUUCGUGACAAGCAAUAUGAGAUCCCCACGUUUUGCUACGGUUGCCGAGGCUUUGUCGAUCCGUUCCACGAACACGAUGGCGAGCAUAAAUCGAAAGACGACAAGGAAGAAAUAGGGGACAUUCAUCUUCCACCUGGAUUAUGCUACGCGUGCGCUCUAAGUAAUGUCCCACAUUUUCAUCAUGAACGACCUGUCAGAGUUGGUGGCGGUUUUUCGUAUUUCCGACGAGACAAACCCAUAGAUUUUGGUAUCCACAUAACGCCACCAUCACGUAAGCCUGUACCGGCACCUACACUAGUCCGUUAUCAACUUGACCAGGGCAGUUACCAAGACAACGGACAAGGUGGUGUACAAGUAGAUAAAUUACAGGAACCCGCUCGCCAUCCACCUACUGUAGCCAGAGAAGUGCCUCCAAGGUUCCCACAGUUUUUACUUGACGAAAACGCACAACCUAAGAUAUAUGAAGCUGCUAAAGAUCUUCGUGACUUUCGAGGAGAGGCGAAUUCUGACAACUCCGAAUCGGGCUUGGGCACUUCCCCGAAUAGUGAAGAUGUUAAACGAUAUUUUGAUAUGUUGAGAGAAGAGCAGGAAAAACCGAGAGUGGAGCCAACGCCAACACCUGAACCAACUCCACCAAAGCCCAAGCUUUGGAAAGCACCAAAACUUUUUGUUUUGAAAAAGAAGGAAAAAACGUUUACGGAAGCAGUCGAUCCUUUCAGUAAAGACCGACAGCUGAACAUUCCGAAAUACAAAGCGUUCGAACUUAAGAAAAGCGACAAAGAAACUACGAAAGCUAUUGAUUUCCAGGGUAAUAGGGGCGAUUGGACUCCUCCUCCGAAGUGGGAACCUAAAAAACGGGAGACGAAGCCUCCAACAGUGCCAUUAGAAAGGCCACAUCGAACAGAGAAGCUGUAUACACCCCCGCCACCACCAAAGCCUAGGCCAAAGAAAGCACCACCACCACCACCACCACCUCCACAACCUAAACAAAAAACAAAACCGCCGCCACCGCCUGCAAAAGAGAAACCAGUGAUCAUUCCACAACCGGUGAAGAGUCCUGAGCCGCGUCCAGAAUCCCCGGAUUCCGGUGUAGAGAGCGUACCACCAGCGCCAACUCCGAGGAAAGUACCUCCGCCAAAACCUAGAACACCUACUCCGCCUCCACCGCCAAGGGAGCCGACCCCGCCACCUCCGCCCUCACCAUCUCCGCCACCAAGGGAGCCGACUCCACAACCCGAACCAGUUGAGGAACCGCCGCCAAAAAAGAAAUCCGAACCUAAACCCAAGAAAGUGAGAGAGCCGAAAAAGAAAAAGGAAAUUGUGAAAAAAGAAAGAAAACCCCCUCCGCCAAAAGAAAAGGAACCUGAACCACCACCACCACCGCCAAAGGAGCCAACACCGCCACCUCCUACUCCACCUCCGCCAACACCACCACCGGUUGUCGUACCACCUUUACCGGUAGAACUACCGCCGUUGCCGCAAACAAAAAUACCAGCUUCACCGGAGCCUGAGCCAGAAUCGGAACCGGAGCCAGAAUCAGAAACUCCCCCACCGGAGGAACCAGAGGAGCCGGAGAGUGAGUUGGCGAAACUACCACCGCCACCACAAGUAAAUGCUCCUAUAAAGUGGAAGAGACGACCCAAAGGGCCAAAACGGAAAUGGCGCGGAAUGAACCAGCCCGUACCACUGCCUAGACCCGAGGAAUCUGAAGAGAGGCUUGCUAUGAGGGACCCCUUGGACUACUUGGCAAAGUACUGCAUUGUACACAAAGAAAGAUUACCGGCUUACCAACGUGUUUUUAAUGAUGUCAUGAAAAAGAAAGGCUAUCGACCUGACCAACUAUUGCCAACAGAUCACCCGCCUCCCCCUCGGCCAUUGCGUCAUCGUAGAACCACUGGACUUCAGGACUACGUCGAAGAUCAGCAUACCGCUCCGGGGACAACGGUAGAUGGAGAUUACGAAACAAUUAAAGGAACGUUCGCGCCACCAACGGUGACGGAGACACCUGGCUCAUACGUCAGUCCACUUUCAAUUACGUUAACCAAAGCCCCGGAUGAAGACGGACGAGCAGACGGCACAGAAAGUCCCACCAGUGAUUUGGGGACUCUCAGUCGUUCAUCUAGUUUUGUGGGCUCCACUUCGUUCGAUGCCGACGAUCACUAUAGUCGAGUCAACUAUAUCAUGAAUAGCAACAGGGAAAAAGUUGCCAAUCUGAAAAACAAAGUUCGGAGACUAGAAGGUCAGAGAAUACGUAUCCUUGCCAGAGCAGCCAGGGAAGAAUUUCCUGACAUUUUACGUGAUGAUUACGCACCUCCAGUGAAAAAGGGGAAAGAUGGUAAAAAGGGAGCAAAAAAAGCUGAUAAAACAAAAGAAAAGAGCGGUCACUCACAUGGUCCGAGCAGUCGUGGUAAGGUGAUGUUCCUACCAGACCCCGUACAAACGGCCAUGUCUCUUGACAAUGCGGAUGAUGGCGUUCCGGCGAAGUCAAAACUCGAUGCCAAAUCUGACGAAUUUGUAGUCAACAGAUUACAGCCAAAUCAACUAGCGAUGUUGGAAACAAUUCCAGAUGUAGAAAGAAUAGACUUGGAAAUGGAAAGGGCUGUGGAAAAAGUCGUCGAGGCCGAGAACAGAAUUGUAGAGUUGAAAGAGAUACGAUCGGUCACAUCGAAAGUACUAGUAGAAUUAAAACGACAUGAAGAUGACGUCAGACCUGCCAAAUCUCCGGAUUUUAGAAGAAAGCAAAGUCCAAAAUAUAAGAAGAUGAACCCAGUAACGGACUUAGAAAUGGACAUAAGUGAGGUGGAGCCUGCACUUCGUCAAGUUAACAGUUAUCUUAUAACGGAAAAAGAGUGUGAAUACGUAUAUCAUAUAUUGGAAUUACCACAACGUGCAAAGCUCAACUUCAAAUUGUUUACCGUGGUAGCAGCGUUAUCGGAAAAAGUUUCCAGACUUGAUCCCUUUGUCCGAAAACUUAUCAAUAAAUUGGAUUUUGACGCACUAGACGUAAAACUUGAUCAUGCUAAGGCGCUUUUCCGAUUAUUAGAAAGUGAAGAAGACGAUGUUGAUUUCCGUCCAGGUGAAGUCAGUGUACGAAGUCUGGCAAUAGAGUGCGCAGCCGGUGGCAUUACUAGAGAGCAUACGCAAUUUAUUGUAGACAAAUUUAACAGAGAAGGAAAGAACUUCGUGGAUUUUCUUGACUAUCUAACUUACGUGCCAUUAUUUAUAGAAAUUCAUGAUAAUAUAUGCAAAGAUCCUCUUAACUUGGAUCGUACGAGGUAAAGCCAAAAAACCUUCCUAACUUGUAUCGUACGAGGUAAAGCCAAAAAACCUUCCUAACUUGGUUCGUACGAGGUAAAGCCCAAAAACCUUCCUAACUUGGUUCGUACGAGGUAAAGCCAAAAAACCUU